AUGGAGCCGCAGCCGCCACUUCGACGAGGUCAACCAGGCCGAGAGUACGCAUCGACGAGGUCAACCAGGCUGAGAGUACGCAUCCCUCCUACAGUUCCAGGCUUCCAGCUGGAGGAGCUGGUCGAGAACGAGGAUUUCGCGGAGGCCGCCAAACUCAAGAGGGACAUCAUAGAGGCCACCGGAAACGACACCGUAGCCCACGUCAUGGCCGAACUCAAGCGGAAAGAUGAACAUCUCAAGGACAAGAGCAACCAUGGCAGUCUAAUCGGGGAAAAAAAAGCAACCAUGGCAGUCAGGGAGCAGAGGGAGAUACCUGUUCAGAAGUGA